GGUCGGGAGAUGCAGGACAGUGUGGGCAGGAGGGGGGUCCCUGCUCCGUGGCUGAUGUGUGGGUGGGCUCUGUCCUCCCGCAGGUGAUGAGGCACGAGAACUCGAGCGUGUUGGAGCUGGAUGGGAAGGAGGUGUCUGUUUUCACCCCCUCCAAGCCCCGCGAGAAGUGGCUCCGCAAGAGGACGCACGUGAAGCUCCGGAACGUCACAGCCAACCACAGGAUAAAUGACACCAUCGCCAAUGAAGAUGGGCCCCAGACCUUAACGGGAAGAUUCAUGUACGGUCCUUUAGAUAUGGUUACGCUCACAGGAGAAAAGGUGGACAUCCACAUCAUGACCCAGCCGCCAUCGGGAGAGUGGGUUUACUUCGACACGGAGAUCAGCAACAGCAGCGGCAGGAUUACCUACGUCAUCCCCGAGAGCCGGCGCCUGGGCAUCGGCGUGUACCCCGUCAAGAUGGUGGUCAGGGGCGACCACACGUACGCAGACAGCUACAUCACGGUCCUGCCGAAGGGGACGGAGUUUGUGGUGUUCAGCAUCGACGGCUCCUUUGCAGCCAGCGUGUCCAUCAUGGGCAGCGACCCCAAAGUCCGCGCCGGAGCAGUGGAUGUUGUCAGGCACUGGCAAGACCUCGGCUACCUCAUUAUCUACGUCACGGGCCGCCCCGACAUGCAGAAGCAGAGGGUGGUGGCGUGGUUAGCACAGCACAACUUCCCCCACGGGAUCGUCUCCUUCUGCGAUGGGCUCGUUCACGACCCGCUGCGGCACAAAGCCAACUUCCUGAAAUCCCUCAUCACGGACCUCCACAUGAGGAUCCACGCGGCGUAUGGAUCUACGAAGGACAUCUCUGUGUACAGCUCCAUCAGCCUCCCGCCCACCCACAUCUACAUCGUUGGCCGACCCACCAAGAAGCUGCAGAGCCAGUGCCAGUUCAUCACGGAGGGGUACGCAGCCCACCUGGCCCAGCUGGAGUACAACCACCGCUCGCGCCCCGCCAAGAACACCACGCGCAUGGCGCUGCGCAAAGGCAGCUUCGGGCUGCCCGGCCAGACCGAGUUCCUGCGCAAGAGGAACCACCUGCUGCGGACCAUCUCCUCCCAGCCUUCGGCCACCUGCAGCGGCACCGGCCACCGUCCCGAGCGCACCCAGAGCCAGUCCGACGGCGACAAGGAGAGGGACAGGGAACGCAGCCAAAGAAGCAUGAGCAUCGCUACGGGGUGCUGGGGCCGGAGCGCAGCGUCCCGGCUGGAGUCCGGCCUCUUGGGGCAGAAGUAG